AUGGAGUUAGACAAUAGUAAUUAUUUCAUCAAUAUAGAAAACUUAAGUGCAGAUAAAAAGAAUGAGGAAGAAGAUAUUGAAAUAUUAAAUAAUAUGAAUAACAUAAAUUUAAUAAAUGAUAAUUCUUCCAUGGUUAGCUCUAAUAGUGGUGGUAUUAAAAUAGGAAUAAAUAAAAAGGAUUAUGAUUUAUAUAUUAGUCAACUGAAGGAUAAAAAUAUAAAUUCUUUAAUACGAACUAAAAAUAAAUUAAAUAAAAAAGAUGGUAGAAACAAAAAUAAUAAUGAUGAUUCUUCAUAUUAUGAAAUGAAAAUUAUUGAUGCCAAGACUAAUGAUUUUGAAUAUAUAGGUAACAUGAAAAUAGAAAAGGGACUAAAUGAAAAUAAUAUAUAUAAUAAUAAUAAUGAUUUAAAUUAUGAUUUAAAAAAUGAUAUUUUUUUAAUUAAUAAAAUGGAACAAGUUGAAAAUAUUAUAAAUAAUGAUAAUUUUAAAGAUGAUGAAAAAUAUCGUGACCUAACAAACGAUUUAAAGAGUAUUAGGAUAAAUGCAGGUGUUGAUAAAAUUAGUAAUGAGCAUUCUUCUGUUUUAUAUGCAAGAAAAAUAAAAGAAGGAUCUUUACAGAAUAAUAGUGAUGUUAUUUACUAUAAUAAUAGCAAUAAUUAUUAUUGUGAUGUUAUAAACGAAGAAGGAAUGAAUGUACCAAAAAAUAUAAAAAGCAAUGAGUAUUCUCAUAACUUGAAUAAAAAUAUAUUUCAUAAAGAUGCAAAUCUAUAUGAUGAUUAUCAACAUGAGUUGGAUGAAGAUAUAUGUGAAAAGAAUUAUGGAAUUAACUAUUAUGAUGAUAUGAAUAAUUCCAUAAUAAAUGAUAAUAUUAUAUCUUUUGAAGAAAAUAAUGAUGAGGAACCAAAUAUUUUAACCCAUGAUGAAAAAGGACACAUGAAUAUAAAAGAGGAAUAUAAUAAAAAAAUUACAUAUAAUAAUAAUAAUAAUAAUAAAAAUGAUGAUGAUAAUAAUAAUGAUAAUAGUUUCAAUAUGGAAGAAGACGAAUAUCCAUGUGAUUUAUUAAAAAAUAAUAUAUAUAUUGAUGAUAUUUCUUUAGAGAAUAAAUAUGUAGAAAAUAAAUAUUUUAAGGAUGGAAACAUAUCAGAUCUAUCCUAUAAAAAUAAAAUUGAGGAAGGCCAUGAUAAAUAUGUAUAUAGUAAUAUGAUAGAAAAGAACCAAAUAUAUUUAAGAAAUAAAAAAGGAAGGGUCUCUAUAUAUGAUGGUGAUGAAGAUACUACUGGUAAAGCUAUAAAAAUGAAAGAACCUUUAAAUGAUUAUAUUGAAAAAAGUAUUAGAAUAAGAAAUGAGUAUAAUGAAAGGAAAUAUAUAUAUAAUAAGAAUGAAAAAGAAAUUGAUGACAAUAUGAUAUAUCAGGAUAAAAUAAAUAAUAAUAAUAAUAAUACACAACAUUUGCAUAACGUACUAGAUGUUCCAACUGAAUAUGAUAACAAUGAAUAUGUUGUAGAUGAGGAAUAUACUUCUUUUAAAAAUAAAUCGAAUAAUGUGUUGUAUGAAAAUGUGGAUGAUAUGAAUUCGCAGCAUGAAGAGCGAGAAGAUAUAAGUAUGAAUAUAAAUUCUAGAAUAUCUAUGUUAAGUGUAAUGAGAGAUGUAGAGAAAGGACAAGAAUGGAAUAGAAGCAAUAAUGACAAUAAUAAUAAAAAUAAUAAUAAAAAUAAUAAUAAUAAUAAUAAUAAAAACGAAAAUAAUAAUAAUAAUAGUAACCAUUAUAAUAAUAACCACGACAAUUAUCAUAACAAUAAUGAUGAUAAUCAAAGUAAUGAUGAUAAUCAGAAUAAUGAUGAGGAUGAUAAAAUGGAUGAUGAACUUAUCGAUGAUGAUAAUGAUGAUGAGAAGAAAAAAAAUAAACAAGAAGAAUUAGAAGAACAGAAGAGUAAUAGCUAUUUGGAGAAACAAAAUAAUGCAAUUUAUUUUAAAAGACCACAAAGAAAAGCAGCGAAAAAAUGUAUCAGCUUGUGGUCAGAAGAAUUAAGAAAAAAAAGUGAAAAAAAUAACCCCAAUUAUGAUAAAGUAAAAAAUAUGAAUGAUUCCAAAAAAGAGGAAAGGUGGUUAAAAAAAAGAGAAAGAAGUGAAAAGAAAAGAAAUGAAAAAGAAAAAGAAAAGGAAAAAAUUGAAAAGGAAAGUAAUGAAAAACAACGAAAUGAUAAUGAUGAAUAUCAUGAGAUGAAGAAUAAAACAUAUAAUCAACAAGAUGACAAAAUAUAUAAUCAUUGUGAAGAUGAUAAUAAUGAAAUAGUAGAAAUAUAUAAAAACAAUGAAGAAAAUUUAUUAUCUAAAAAACCUGAAAUAAGAAAUAAUUUAAAAUUAAAUGAAGAUAAUAAAUCAAGUAUUACAAAUGAAAACACAAAUCAAAAAGAUGAAAAUUCUUCAUUAGUAAAUAAUGAAAAUAAUAUCCCUUUAUUAUUUAAUGAUACUAUGGAUGAAAGAGAAAUGUUUAAAUAUUUAGAUACAUUAAGACAUUUACCAAGUAAAAAAGGAGGUUCCCAAUAUAAAUUACAUAAAGCUAUGUUAACUGAACAAAUGGUAAAAAGAGCAAAGAAAUUUCCAAUGGUUCAAGGUGUAUAUUUUGAUAGAUAUCAACAAAGAUGGAGUGUCAAUUGGAUUGAAGAUGGUAAAAGAGUAGCAAAAUAUUUCCCUAUUAAACUUUUUGGUUUUGAUUAUGCAAGACGUCUAGCUAUAUAUUGUAAAAUUCAUCAGAAAAUACCUGAAGAAGCCUUAACAUUUGAACAAGCUUAUAGAGCUAAUCAACAAAAUAAUAAAACAAAAAAUGAAAACACACAAAAUGGUGGUAGUAGUAGUAGUAUUAGUAGUAACUCUAUGAAAUUAAAAAAAGGACCUAAGAAAAAUUAUAACAAGAAAAGUGCAAAUUUAAAUGAACAAGAAAAUAUAAACGAAGAUGUAAAUAUCAAUGCACAAAAUGUAAAUGAAGAUCAAAAUGUAAAUGACCAUCAAAAUGUAAAUGAAGAUCAAAAUGUAAAUAAUCAAAAUAUAAAUAAUCAAAAUAUAAAAGAAGAUGAAAAUAUGAAUGGCCAAAAUAUAAAAGAAGAUGAAAAUAUGAAUGGCCAAAAUAUAAAUGAAAGUGAAAUAAUUAGCAAUAUAGAGAAAUAUCUACGCAUUAUUAAUCAAAAGAGAAAAAUAAAUAAUAAUAUGGAUGAAGAUGGAAAUAUAGUUCAUGCAAAUUAUAAUGUUGAACAAAAAAGUGAUCAAAUUGAUCAUAUAAAUUAUAAUAAUAUUAUUAACAAAAUUAAUAGUAGUAAUAGCCUUCAUUAUAGUAAUAGUGUUGAUAGUACUACUGUUCAUAUAAAUCCUGAUAGUGCUAACAGUUUCAGUGGUAGUACUCAUAUUAAUAAUAGUAAUAACAUUAGCAUACAGAAAAAUUAUGACAGUGCUUUACAUAAUGAUGUACAAUAUAAUAUUAAAGAUAAAAUAAAUAGACAAAUAAAUAAAGAUAUUUCCUCAUCUAUUUAUGAUUCUAUAUCUAACAAUUACCAUGUUAAUAAAAAAAAUAAUAUGGAAAACCCUUUUGGUCAUAUAAAUGAUACAACAAAUAAUCUUAAAAAUUUACAAGCCAUAUUGGAACACAAAAUUAAUGUCUCUUCAGAUAGUUUAAAAAAUGUUAAUAACAUAAAGCCUAUGGAUUAUUUAAAUGUUGGAAAAAACAUUGUAGAAAAUAAUUUUGAUGAUAAUAAAAUGUGUGACUCUACAUUUGAAAGCACAAACAUAUAUAAGGACGAAAAGAAUAAUGAUUCAUCUAAUCUAUUAAAUGAUAAUAACAUGAACAGUAAUAAUAACAAUAAUAAUAACAAUAAUAAUAACAAUAAUAAUAAUGAUAGUAAUAAUUUGAACUUAUCUGUAGAUAUUAAUAAAUUCAGAGAAUAUUAUCUAAGUAUCUGCCAGAACAAAUGCAAGGAUAAAAUCAAUAUGAAUGUUAUAAAUAAAGAUGAGAGUAGUAUCGUUAAUGAAGACAAUAAAAAAUAUCCUGAUACAGAUAUAAAUAAUAAUCUAUUAUUAUCAAAUGUGUAUAAUAAUGAUUUACAUGCAUAUAGAAAAUACAUGAACAAUUCUAUCAUUCUGGAUAUUCUAAAAAGAAGAAUUGAAAAUAAUCAACAGGUAAAUAUAAAUGAAUACGAUGAAGAUGAUGAUGAUAAUAAUAGUAAUAAUAAAAGGAGAAAAAUAAAAAAUAAUCAGAAAGAAAAAAAUAAUCCAACCGAUAUUGAAAUAAAUAAUCAGAUGAAUUAUCCAAUGAAUAGUGAAAGGGACAUGAUAGGAAAUAAUUCUCCAGGUCGUUUAUCUCUAAAAUCGGCAGGUUCAUGUAUAUCAUCUACCUCUUCGGGUUAUAAGAAUGUAGAUAAUUUAUCAUCUAAUAAUAGUAUGUUGUAUGACAAUAAGGGAUGUAUCCCAUAUAAUCUUAACAAUCAACAUAAUGAUAAUCACAAUAAUAAUCACAAUAAUAAUCAAAAUGAUUAUCAAAAUAAUUAUCAAAAUAAUUAUCACAAUAAUUAUCAAAAUAAUUAUCAAAAUAAUUAUCACAAUAAUUAUCAAAAUAAUUAUCACAAUAAUAAUAUUAAUAAUCGUAAUAAUGAUGAUGAUAAUUAUUAUUAUAAUAAUAAUGAAUGUUCUGUUAAUAAAAAAAGUGAAGAUACAAAUGAAUGCAAAGACGAUAUGAUGAUUAGUUCAUUUAAUGGAGAUGAAAAAAUUUUAAACAAAAAAAAACAAAAAAAAAGAUCUUUGGAUAUUAUGAAUAUGGAUAAGGAUAAAAUAAAUGCUUUUCUAGAAAAAGGGAUGUAUAAAGAAAAUGAUAUUGAAAGAUUAAAUAUGAUAUAUAAGAACAAAAUGAAUGGUAGUAAUAAUGAUAUGAAGGUUGAUUUAGAACAACAUAUAAAAAAUAUGGAAAUAAAGGAUAUGGUUGAAAAUAUAUCAUGUAAUAAUGAUAAGAACGUGUCACUUAAUAAUAUGAAUAUAAAUGCAUAUAAUAUAUUAAAAGAUAUAAAUAAAUAUUGCAAUAUAGUAAACGGUCUAGAUCAUUUUAAUAAUUUAUCAUCAAAUAUUAAUAAAGAGACAAAUAAAAAAAACAUGGAUAUUCAAAAAUACAAUACAAUGAAUUCUCCAUAUAAUCAAGAACGUAUAAACAAAAUUAUGGUAGAUAAAGAUAAUAAAGAAGAUAGUAGUGAUGAUAUAAACUCAAGAAUAGUAGGUGUUCAUUAUGAUAGAAAACAAUUUAGAUGGAAAGCAACAUGGUAUACAUCUCAUGGUAGGAGAUGUGCAAAAUAUUACCCAGUAAAACAAUAUGGAUAUUUAGAAGCAAAAAAAAUGGCUAUAGAAUGUAGAAAGGCAUAUAAUUUAUAUAAAAAAUUAAAAAAGAAUCCAGAAUGUAUUGAAUAUUCUAGUAGUGAUAUAAAUUUCUGUAGUACUAUAUUUCCAAAAGAAUAUUAUAUUACUUUAUUUGAAAAUGAUGAAAAGAAAGAUAUGUAUUAUUGUGAAAAUAAAAAAAAUAAUAAAAAGAAUAAUAAUAAAAAUAAUUCUACUAUUAUUGAUAGUAAUGAAAAACAAAAAAGACAUUAUAAUGAAGCCUUAAAAAAAAUUAAUAAUUUUAAAACAAAAGAUUUUAAUCGAUUAUCAGAUUAUAUGUUAUCAAAUAAAAAUGAUCUAAACAAUGUAACACAAAUGAAUAAAAUGGAUUAUCCAAAUUCGGGUUAUAUUAUGAAUAUUAACAACGAUGAAUCACCAAGUCAUAUAUUACAUGCAACAGUAGAAAAUAAUAAUGAUAUUAAUACAAAUAACAUAAGACAUAUAAAUGAUCCACUAGAAAAUCAAAUGAACAGUCCUACACGUUGUUAUUCUAAUUGUCACUCAAAUUGUUACUCAAAUUGUCAUACAAAUGUUCAUACAAAUGUUCACACAAAUGUUCACACAAAUUUUCAUACUAAUGUUCAUACAAGUAUUCAUACAAAUUGUCAGGUGAACUUUUUAGCUGGAUGCCAUACCAAUUGUCAAGUAAAUAAUUUAUCAACUAACCAAACGAAUAAUAUACCAAAUGAUGAAUCUAAUAAUAUAUUAAAUGAUAAAUCUAAUAAUAUAUUAAAUGAUCAACCUAAUAAUAUAUUAAAUGAUAAAUCUAAUAAUAUAUUAAAUGAUCAACCUAAUAAUAUAUUAAAUGCUCAACCUAAUAAUAUAUCAAAUGAUCAGUGGGAAGAUAAUAAAUCUAUAUGUAGUCAGUAUAAGAAUGAAAUCAAUAACAAAAGUCCAUGUUGCAAUGUUUCAAUUAAUAGAGAAAUGAAUAAUAAUAUAUGUGAUAUGAAUAAUUAUAAUAAUAUAUGUGAUAUGAAUAAUCAUAAUAAUAUAUGUGAUAUGAAUAAUCAUAAUAAUAUAUGUGAUAUGAAUAAUCAUAAUAAUAUAUGUGAUAUGAAUAAUCAUAAUAAUAUAUGUGGUAUGAAUAAUAAUCAUACUUGUUGUGAAAAAAAUUCCUCUUUGUGCACAUCUCCAACCUCAUUACUUUCUUUAUAUUAUUUAUCAGAACAUAUUCUACAAUUUCAAAAAGGAACCAUAAAAUAUAUACUACAAGAUUUAAGAGAUAAUUGUCUUGCGAACUUAGCUUAUGAAUUACAGAAUAUAACAUUCCAAGAAUAUUAUAUGGCAAUUCAUUAUUUGAAUAGAUAUAUAGACGAAUCGAAAUGUUAUGAUGAUAUUUUUUUCCUCUUGAAAGUAUUAGCAAAAAACAUAGAAAUUAAAAAAAUACCAAGUGCAUAUAACGAAGAACAACAAAAAGAAUUUUUGAAUUCAUUAACAAUUAUUAGCAAGCAAAUUAAACAUAAACGUUCACAUGAAAUAUCAUCUAAUAACAUGAAUAAUCAUAGUGUGGACGAUGAAUAA